AUGGGUGAUCCGACUGAUGUCGCUUCAAGACUUACAGACGAUUUCAAUGUGGAAAUAUAUUCAAUCGCAAUCGGGGACCCUACAUAUACUAAAGGCUUUAAUACGAUGCGAAACUUGGCUUCACAUAUUGAAAACGAAAAUCAUUUCUUUGCAAUAAGUAAUGAUGAGGAUGUCUUUAGAGAUGUUAUGUACCAGAUGAUCAACAAAGACAGUUUUGAGGUAUCUUGUGGAUUAACAAAGCCACAACUAACAGGUAUCUCAAAUCCAUCAGAAAAUAGAUAUGAAGUUGACGCCAAAUGGUACGCUUGGCCGUGGAUGGCAGAACUGCGAUCACUGAAUGCACACGUAUGCGGGGGCUCUCUUAUAAGAGAGCAGUGGAUCCUAACUGCUGCUCAUUGCGUCUUUCAAAAUGUUUCAAAAAUUCACUUGAAAAAACUAAAGUUGAAUGACCAAUAUUACUUCAAAGAGCGAGAUAUACUACAGAGAAAUAUAUAUGUACACCCAGAAUACAACGAAGAAAAUAAACCUAAAAAACUGUAUGACAUUGCAUUGGUUAAACUUGAUAAAAGGAUAGAUCGGAUACCCGACCUGCUGCCAGUUUGCUUAUGGGACAAAACCAUUGAAGACAAAACAAGAGUUACCUAUGAUAAACUUUUCACUGAAACAUACGGUGUCGUCACUGGUUGGGGAAAAAGAAACAUGGAAUCUACGAAAUAUGCAGGAACGCUAAAACAAAUGCAAAUGGAAGUUAAAUCAUCCAAGGAAUGCCUGGAAAACUUAAAGCUCAGAGAAAAGGUUGAUGUUAGCACUGAGCUUAUGUUCUGUGCCGGUGGAAAAGGGAUAUUUUCAUUUGGGUUCGGCUGCAAGGAAAACGGCAGAUAUGGAUUCUUCACAAAGCUCACAGAAGAACUUUUAUCUUGGAUAAAUAGCAUGAAAGAGAAAGAAAAAGAUAUAGGUUAA